AUGGGGAGAAAGAGGAUGGUAGGAAGAGGAGGGUCAGAGGAGCCCAAAGCUGAAGAAGAUUCAGAGAAGACAAGGCAGGUGCGAGACAAAAACACAACCUGUGGUAGAAGAGAGGACAAGGAAAAAGGAAAAGAGGAUGGAGAAGAGAAAGAGGACAAGAAACCAUCUAGAGAAGCGAAAGAAGACAAGAAACCAUCUAAGGAAGAGAAAGAAGACAAGAAACUAUCUAAAGAAGAGAAAGAAGACAAGAAACAAUCUAGAGAAAAGAAAGAACACAAGAAACCUCUCAAAGAAGAGAAAGAAGUCAAGAAACCAUCUAAAGAAGACAAGAAACCUCUCAAAGAAGAGAAAGAAGUCACGAAACCAUCUAAAGAAGAGAAAGAAGACAAGAAACCUCUCAAAGAAGAGAAAGAAGUCACAAAACCAUCUAAAGACGAGAAAGAAGUCAAGAAACCAUCUAAAGAAGAGAAAGAAGACAAUAAACCUCUCAAAAAAGAGAAAGCAGACAAGAAACCUCUCAAAGAAGAGAAAGAAGUCAAGAAACUAUCAACAGAAGAGAAAGAACACAAGAAACCAUCUAGAGAAGAAAAAGAAGACAUGGCAUCUCAGGGGAUACCUUCCAAAGAAAGGGCCAUACCAAAAAAGCCCUCAGAAGAAAAACAAGAACCAGAUAAACCUUCUAAACAUGAAAAAGAACCGUCUAGAAAGCAAGAAGAUGAAGUUUUAGAGACACCCUCCAAAGACAAGACAGUGGUCAAGAUGAUUCCAAAAAAAGACAAGGAACCAAAGAUUAAGACUAAGGAAGAAACAAUACCAACAAAGCCUUCUGAGGACAAAGAACCUGUCAAGCAUAGAGAUACUAAGACAGACACUGGACCCAAAAAGCCUGUAAAGAGGAUUAUGGCAGUUAAGAAGGGGGUUGCAUCUGUCUUAAAGGAACAUCUGAAUGUAACAAAAGCAGCUGAUGAACCCAAGAAGGCAGUAAAGGUGGAGAAAGCUGUGAAAAAGCAGAUAGUUCCAGUCCUGAAACAGGGAGCACCUGCUAUCAAAGUAAAAGCUAGAGCUGCUGAAAAGAAGAAAGCUGAUGAACCCAAGAAGGUAGUAAAAGUGGAGAAAGCUGUGAAAAAGCAGAUAGUUCCUGUCCUGAAACAGGGACAAACAAAUAUUACAAAAACAGAAACUGAGCUUCUCAAGGGGAAGAAGGCAGAGCCAGCAGCUGCUAUCAAAGUAAAACCUAAAGCUGCUGAAAAGAAGAAAGAGGUUCCUGAAGUCCCUAAACCCAAACCAAAAGACGCAAAGAAAGAGGCCGCUCCAAAGGAUCCCAAGAAGGAACCAAAGGAGCAACUCAAAGCCAAACCUGUAAAACCAGACGCUGGACCCAAAAAGGCUGUAAGGAGGAUUAAAGUACACAAGAAGGAAGUUGCGUCUGUUCUGAAGGAACAUCUUAAUGUGACAAAAGCAGCCGAUAAACCCAAGAAAGUAGUAAAAGUGGAGAAAGCCGCAAAAAUGCAGAUAGUUCCUCUCCUGAAAAAGGAGUAUGUGAAUGUUAUAAAAACAGAAGUUCCUGACAUUUCUAAGGUGAAAUCCAAAACAGAACAUGCAAAGAAAGUGGCACUUCACAAGGAGCCCAAGAAGGAACAAAAGGAAAAGAUUGAAGCCAAAGCCGCCAAACCAGAAGUUCCCAAGGAGAAGACCAAAGUGGCUCCUUCUAAGAAAGAAGCUGUUGUUCCAAAAGAAAAGGCCAAACCAGUCAUCUUGAAAAAAGAACAAGAGGAGACUCCCAAAAAUGUCUCUCUGGUUAAACAGCAAGCCAAAAUAGUGCGUUUGAAAAAAGAAGUCAAGGCACCCAAAGAGAAAGUGAAAGGUGUUUCUGCAAAGAAAGAACCUGCUCCCCUCAAGACAAAGCCAGUCCCUUUUGUCAAAGAAGCAGAAGUACCACAAAAAAAUGUCACAAUAACAAAGGAGAAGGUGAAGGUUGUGCCACUGAAGAAAGGAGCUGAGGUUCUCAAGGAAAAGAAGGCCAAGCCAGUCACUUCCUCAAAAGCACCUGUUAUCAAAGCAAAACCUAGAUCUGCUGAAAAGAAGAAAGAAGCUGUUGUGAAAGAAAAGGCAAAAGUCUCAAAUAAAGAACUUGAGAAAAAGCCGGUUCUCGCCAAAAAAGCACCUGAGGUUGCAAAAGAGAAGCCUAAGCCAGCUCGUGAGAAGCGAGCUCCUUCUAAAACAAAGGAUGAAACAAAGAAGGAAAAGGUCAAACCCCUUCUAAAGACUAAAGAGCCCAAAGUGCCAGAGGACAAAGUCAAACCAGCUCGUGAAAAAGCAUUGUUGAGGAAAAAGGCCAAACCAGCUCAUGUAAAGAAAGAAACGGAGACUCCCAUAGAAAAGGACAAACGUGCUGCAGUGAAAAAAGUUGAGAAGAAAGCAGCCAAAGAAGGUAAAGCUAGAGAGGCCAGAGUUCUCAAAGAGAUACAGGCGCCAGCAAAGAAAGAAAAACCUGCUGAGAAGAAAGUUGCCAAGGAGGAGAAAAUAAAAGCAGAGCCUUCUGUAUCAGACAGUUUUCAAAUCGAAGAAGAGCUGCCCUACUUCCAGUGUUUCUUUGUGGACGAGGACGAGGCCCAGUUUCCUUUCUACGCCUUCUCACCGCUGCAAAUUUGAUGCUUCAGUCUUAAUCCAGUCUGAGGUUCACAAUUUAGUCAAUUUUACUGAUAAUGACACAGUCACGUCACACCCUGCACCGCUGAAACGCAGCAUGCUGUCCACUGAUGGUCUUCAAGAGAAAACCCUGGACAACAGAGGAUGAGGGGUGAUUGUAUGUGAUGGACCUACUUUAUUUCACUUCCAGAUUUGGUUGAGCUCUCAUACCAAAUACAUGCAGCUUGUGUCAUUCCUUUUCAUUUUUGUAUUAUUAUUUUAUUGUUUUUGAAAGGUGGAUAUAAUCAAAAUGAUGGAACAGUAUCAGAUAUUACCUCUGUGGAUCAUUCAUUUGGAUCCUCACAGCAACACAUGCAAAUAAGUAAAAUGGUGUGUUUUUUUUAAGAAGGAACAUAAUGUUAUAAACAGACUACAAACAUGGCCACAAUUGCUGAUUCAAGGUGGACAAGGGUUCAAUUCUCACAUUUUACUUGAAAAAGUUAUCGUACUUACAUUUUUAUGCACCAUCAUCUGUGUAAUUUUACCUUUUCCUUCAUUGCAUUGUAGUUGGCAAUUUUUCUAAUCCUGACCUUCCUGCUGUUAAAAGCCCUUGAAUGAACAAUUGAGCAUUUAUAGCGUUUUUGUGCAUAAUUCCAUUGUUCUUGCUGUUGUUUUAGUCAUUUUAAGGAAAGCUUGUUCCUCACAAAUAUCCCUCUAUCUUAAGAAAGGAAAGUUUUUUUCUGUUUCUGUCUACUAUGUCUGUUAUGUGUAAAAAAAGGAAUGACCACGCACUGUAUAUGAGAGCUCCCAAACGAACAGAACAGAAACACUACCUUUAAAGUCUUAUUAAACGGCUGACAUGCGCACCAGCUCCCCAUUUUGACAUCGGUGCUAAAAAAAGCAUUGCCUGCACUGUCAGAAUGAGGUUUGAAGACAUACAUACUUUUUAUACCAUCAAGUAUUACAUUUAUUCUAUGAUUGGACGACAUGUUGGAAAAGUCUUUUUCCCAGCUGCUAACUCUGUUCCAAUAUUUUACUUAAGGCAUUAGAAUAUAAUGCUACUUGUUUUAGUAAAUGAGAAGACAAUAAAAGUAGGACACAUGUGAUGGAUCUUUUUUGAUAAUCAAAAGGGAUGUGGCCAACAGCGAUUUCUUGAUAGACCAAAACACAACGUCACUAACUUUGGUCGGUGGCUGUUUGUCUGUGUGCAUAACAUAGAAACAUGAUAUAUUUUAGCAACCUUUUGAACAGGUUCUGAACAUAUAUACCAUGAUAUUGAUGCAUAACCUCUUUUAUUUUAUUACAUCUUAUUAACUGUAUAAACAACCAGUUACUGGAUUCAUACAGAUUAUGAUUGUCCUGUGCACGUGAUGUACAGUGUGGGAUUUCAGAUUGAUUUUUAAGUCACGUAUUUGAAAUUCCUGAAGAAUGAUAGAAGAUGACAAGUGAGCUGCACGAAUCAGCUUGUCUAAUUUGUCAACCUGAAUGUGGUUGUCAACGUGAUUAGAGUCAAAGUUAUUUAUAACAUGGAUACGAAACCUUUAUAUCUUUGAUCAUAUCUGCACAGCAUUCGCUUACACGCUGAAUUAAUGCAGAUGGAAUCACACGUUUGGGCAGACAAUUUCAAAUGUAAACAAAUUUAUUUCACAGCGUGUACCAGCUGUUGUUUACAAAUUGCUCUUUACAUUAUGCUCCAUAUGCUGCAUUGAAGAUUUACAGUUUGUGGCAUUACUCAAGUCUACUCAAAAGUAAAUCCACUUAUAAUUUUUUAUUAGAACAACGCAAAUGUUGUAGGUGUACAGUAGGUUUUGUUUUCCAAAAUGACUUUGAAUAUUUAUUUUGUGUUAUUGGAUUUUGGUAAAGAUGUGGUUGCUAGUAUAACAACAUAUAUUUUGAUUCAUGGUGACAAAACAUGAAUAUUUGUUUCGAUUGUUAAAACUGAAUUGUAUCUAAAGACUCCCUUUAACCAGGUAAACAUGUGCAAUACAAGCAUUUUUUUAAUAUCUCAGUGAUCAACACACUGUAUGUUUGUCUGUUAGUCCUUGAAUAAAAUGUGCAUGACGUGUGUGUUUUUUUGUUUUAUGCUCACAAAUUUUGUGAUAUUUUUCCCAACUUUGAGAAUGGCAACAUUAAAUACUUGAACUAUGAAUCAUAA